GCUUCGGAGCCACAGUCAGCCGCAAUCGAGAUGGCCCGGAGGAGACUAAUAAUCGCGCUGGUGAUACUCGCCCUAUCAAUUCAGGACUUCGCCGGAGCCGUUGAUACAGACCUGAUUGAUUUAUACGCGGCGCACAAUUUGCCGUACAGCUGCUUGCCUUACAUCACGAAGUCUCCGAUUCCUGCUUGCGAUUGUGUGUCAUGCACCAGAGAUCUUCCGAGCUUCAAGGACCGGAUGUGCAAGUUCUUCGAGGAAGCGCGAACAAAGGGGAAAGCGGACGCCCUCAACCAGGAUUUGGUGAAUGUUUGUACAUCAAUCAAGGUCUGCAAUAAUAUUCCGAAUCGAUGUUGCGACCCGAAGUCCGCGGAGCCGAAGGUGGGCAAGGGCUGCCCCUUGUGUCUUCCGAGCCUGAAGUCCGAGUUGGGCAAGAAGGGGCAUAACUCAGUUUGCCUCCUGGCUGAAUACGAAGCGACAAAACCUCCUGCCGCUAAUAGCACCGGAUGGAAAGACACCUUCGAAGUGUUUUCGAAGGCCAUGACCGAUGUUGGCCUCAGCAACCGAUGCUCCUCGUAUGCUUUGUACAAGACAGCAAAACUUUGCGACUGUGAGGACUGUCUUCAGAAUGAGAAUGAUCUCCGGGGGAAACUCUGCAAACUGGGAGAAAAAAUCCGAGCCGAUGAGAAGAUCAGGCGUCGCGGUUUCAUGCGCAAUGCCUACUUCCAGAAAUUCUGUGACCUGAAAGCGUGUCCGACGAUCCCGAAUAAAUGUUGCGCCAAUCCAUCCAGUCGGGAUGAAGAAAAUCCCGUCGAUCGGCAAGGUUGUCCGACAUGCAUCCCUACCACAGCGGUAUUUGGGUUCGGACCGAGAUGCCACGCAGCGAUUUCGAAACUACCUCAGCCGUCGAAACUCAAAGUAUUCCAGCUGCCCUGAGCGAUGCCGUUCCGGAAAUGAUUUCGGGUCAAGGAGACGAAGCUGCCGAACAAUUCUGGAAUAAAAAUUUCUCU